CUACUUUGUCUUGACCUAAACAAGAAGAGAGAGAGAGAGAGAGAGAUGGGGAGAGGGAGAAGAAGCUCCUCGUCGUCGUCGUCGAUAGAGAGUAGCAGCAAGAGCAACCCAUUUGGGACGACGUCGACGAGUCGAAACUUGAGUACGGAUCUGAGGCUCGGGCUGAGUUUCGGGUCGUCGUCGGGAGGAUACAACGGGUACACGGCGCCGCCGCAGGAGUACGAGGAAGAAGAAGAGCAGGCGGCGGAGAUGAUGGAGGAAGAAGAGGAGAACGAAUGCAACAGCGUAGGGAGCUUCUACGUGAAGGUGAACAUGGAGGGAGUUCCCAUCGGCAGAAAGAUCGAUCUCUUCGCCCUAGCUGGUUAUCACGAUUUGAUAAGAACUCUUGAUCUCAUGUUCAACACCUCCAUCCUCUGGGCUGAAGAGGAAGAAAUGUGCAGCGAGAAGACUCACGUGCUAACGUACGCCGACAAGGAAGGCGACUGGAUGAUGGUUGGUGAUGUUCCAUGGGAGAUGUUCUUGUCAUGUGUGACAAGACUGAAGAUCUCGAGAGCUUACCACUACUGACGUUCAUGAGCUGUGGAGCCUUUGAACUGGGAAAGUGUGGAAGAACGCUCGGUUGUUUUGGAUAAAAAAAAAAUAUGAUAUUGUACAAUGGAAUCUAGCUAGGAUCAGCAAUAUAUAAAUAUAAAAAUAUAUAUAUAUAUAUAUAUAUAUAUAUAUACACGCCGGAGAAGCCUAGUGUUUGGGGCCAUGCAUGUACAUCACUCGUCGGAAAUUUGUUUAUUUAUUUCUUCCAUGUCCACCAUCGAAUCGGUUGUACGGAAAUGAUUAACAAUGUUAGCUAAAGCAAGAAGCUUCCAAACUCAA